UUUCGCUAGAAACGAUUAGGUGUAACCAAAAACUUCUCUAGUUUUCCCGAAUUAUUAUCACUUCUAUAAAACCAACCCAAUUGUUUUUAUCCUCCUGACUCCUGCUAUUUGAUGUUCUGUGAUCGUUUGCUUCCGAUCUGUCGUUCUGCUCGGAUGUGAGUUCUAGGUUUCUGCUGCUUUAAUUGUUGUGAAUUUCACGGGUUAUAGAGAGAAUUCCUUCUCUUUUUCUGUGUUGUUUCAUUUCUUAGCGAAUUUCGAUCAUGUCGUCGUCAUCGUCGUCAGCGCAGCUUCGGCUUAUGUCCGAUCUUAAAGCCAUUAUAAACGAGCCUCCGGAGGGAUGCAGCGCCAGUCCAAUGUCUGAUGAGAACUUGUUCGUAUGGAGUGCGACCAUAUUCGGCCCUGACGAGACUCCUUGGGAAGGUGGUGUUUUUGGAUUGCGGCUGAUUUUCGGUGAUAACUAUCCCGAGAAACCCCCUCGUGUUCGCUUCACCUCAGAAAUUUUCCAUCCCAAUGUUUAUCAUGAUGGAACCCUUUGCAUGGACAUUAUUCAGGAUGCAUGGUCGCCCUGUCACAAUGUCUCUACUAUUUUGACAUCAAUUCAGUCACUUCUCACUGACCCAAACCCAGCAAGUCCUGCAAAUCCUGAAGCUGCUCAGCUGUAUCAACAUGAUAUUCAGGCUUAUAACAGGUCUGUAACUUAGAAGAGAGUGCGCCGGUGUGCUCGUAGAUCCAUUGAAUCUUCGUAGCUUUAAUUGGCAGUUGCCAGUGUUCAUUCUGAUGACCAAAGACCUCGUGGAUUCUGGAAGAAGGUUUCCUUGAGCUGUCUGUAAUGACAUAGAUCUUUUCAUUUGGUUUCAAUUGUCUCACCGUUAUUUCUUUGGUACUCUUCUCUCAAUUUCAAAUCAUGUAUAUCAAAACAAGAUCUUUUCAUGCAGAACCCAUGUGUACAACUUCCUGAGGAUUUUAAAAGAACUGCAUCCAAGAUCAUAUAAAUGCAUACAUUCAAAGUUUGACAA